AUGAGCAAUACUGAGCUACAGAACAAUAGAAUGAGCAAUACUGAGCUACUUAACAAUAGAGUGAGCAAUACUGAGCUACAUAACAAUAGAGUGAGCAAUACUGAGCUACAUAACAAUAGAAUGAGCAAUACUGAGCUACAUAACAAUAGAAUGAGCAAUACUGAGCUACAGAACAAUAGAAUGAGCAAUACUGAGCUACAUAACAAUAGAGUGAGCAAUACUGAGCUACAUAACAAUAGAAUGAGCAAUACUGAGCUACAUAACAAUAGAAUGAGCAAUACUGAGCUACAUAACAAUAGAAUGAGCAAUACUGAGCUACAGAACUAUAGAAUGAGCAAUACUGAGCUACAGAACUAUAGAAUGAGCAAUACUGAGCUACAUAACAAUAGAGUGAGCAAUACUGAGCUACAUAACAAUAGAAUGAGCAAUACUGAGCUACAGAACAAUAGAAUGAGCAAUACUGAGCUACAUAACAAUAGAAUGAGCAAUACUGAGCUACAGAACUAUAGAAUGAGCAAUACUGAGCUACAGAACAAUAGAAUGAGCAAUACUGAGCUACAUCAGAAUAGAGUGAGAAAUACUGAGCUACAUAACAAUAGAAUGAGCAAUACUGAGCUACAGAACAAUAGAAUGAGCAAUACUGAGCUACAGAACAAUAGAAUGAGCAAUACUGAGCUACAUAACAAUAGAAUGAGCAAUACUGAGCUACAGAACUAUAGAAUGAGCAAUACUGAGCUACAGAACUAUAGAAUGAGCAAUACUGAGCUACAUAACAAUAGAGUGAGCAAUACUGAGCUACAUAACAAUAGAAUGAGCAAUACUGAGCUACAGAACAAUAGAAUGAGCAAUACUGAGCUACAUAACAAUAGAAUGAGCAAUACUGAGCUACAGAACUAUAGAAUGAGCAAUACUGAGCUACAGAACAAUAGAAUGAGCAAUACUGAGCUACAUAAGAAUAGAGUGAGAAAUACUGAGCUACAUAACAAUAGAAUGAGCAAUACUGAGCUACAGAACAAUAGAAUGAGCAAUUAA